AACAGGAAAGAAUCAUUAAUUCUGUUCCCUUGUUAGACUAAUUUGUACCAUGCAAAACCUGGCUUCAUGAUCUUCUCACUUCUAAAGAGAUUACCUUUAUUUGCUCCGCCAUUUGUCAAAGUUAUCCCUUCACCAUCGAAGAGACUCCUGGCGUUAGCCCAGCAGCUGCGUCAUUACAAGCCUCCAUCUUCGUCCUGGGAUGACAACGACGAGCGAACCAUCGAGGAAGCCGCCGAGAAAGUUGUUUCCCAAGUGGGUUUUCAAGAAUCCGCUACCCAAGUAGCUCAAAACUCGGAUAAAUUCAGAUCCAAAAGAGCUGCUGUUUUGAUCUGUCUCUUUGAAGGGGAUGCCGGGGAUUUGCGUGUCAUAUUGACCAAAAGGUCUUCCAGAUUAUCAAGUCAUUCGGGGGGAGUUUCAUUGCUUGGUGGGAAAGCAGAUGAGGGGGACAAAGAUGAUGGUGAUACAGCUACUAGGGAGGCUAAAGAAGAGAUUGGGAUGGACCCUUCACUUGUGAAUGUGAUAACUGUUCUUGAACCGUUUCUGUCUAAGCAUCUCCUAAGAGUAGUUCCUGUUAUUGGUAUACUUCAUGACAGAAAGGCAUUUAAGCCUACUCCGAAUCCUGCAGAAGUCAAUGCGGUAUUUGAUGCUCCACUGGAAAUGUUCAUUAAGGAUGAAAACCGAAGCGUGGAAGAGCGAGAAUGGAUGGGAGAGAAGUAUCUUCUUCACUUCUUCGAUUACGAGUUCGAGAAUAAGAGGUAUCUAAUAUGGGGUUUAACUGCUGGUAUUUUGAUAAGAGCUGCUUCAGUGGUCUACCAGCGACCACCAACUAUGCAUUGUAGAAAAUAAUUAUAAAUAAGAUUUGUUCAUUCAUGUCAGUCUAUCAUCUCUUUGUUUUACUCUCCACACAACUAAAUCAAAUACUAAUUGAUUAUCAGAUUAGCCA